CGGCGGCGUCCUGCUGGAGGGGUCCUCUUCGGCGGCUGGCUAAGGUGCUUCCUCUUUUGAGCGUGUUGGCGACGACGCCUGCGGGCCAGGCCGGCUCCACGUAAGGCCGGCCUUCGCGGGAGGGGAGCGACACGACCUUGGAGAUACUGGAAGUCUAUCUGGAUUCAGAUUCUUUUUGUAAGCCAGAGGAUGAGAGAUUGAGAACGUUCAGCUUUCCUGCAAACUUUGGUACAGAUCGCUUCCAAAGAGCACAAUGAGCACAAGAAAGCGUCGUGGUGGAGCAAUAAAUUCUAGACAAACUCAGAAGCGAACUCGGGAAGCAGCCUCCGCUCCUGAGAUUUCUUUGGAAGCAGAACCCAUAGAACUCGUGGAAACUGCUGGAGAUGAAAUCGUGGACCUUACUUGUGAAUCUUUAGAGCCGGUGGUUGUCGACCUGACUCACAAUGACUCCGUCGUGAUUGUUGAUGAAAGGAGGAGGCCAAGGAGGAAUGCUCGGAGGCUGCGCCAGGACCUUGCGGACAGCUGUGUGGUGAGCAGUGACGAUGAGGAAUUGUCCAGGGACAGAGACGUGUAUGUGACCACCCACACUCCCAGAAACGCAAGGGAUGAGGGAGCCACAGGACUCAGGCCCUUAGGUACUGUCAGUUGUCCGAUCUGCAUGGAUGGAUAUUCAGAGAUUGUGCAGAAUGGACGUCUUAUUGUUUCUACAGAAUGUGGCCACGUCUUCUGUAGCCAGUGCCUCCGUGAUUCCCUUAAGAAUGCUAACACUUGCCCAACUUGUAGGAAAAAAAUCAACCACAAACGGUACCACCCCAUUUAUAUAUGAAGUGUACCCAGCUGCUCAGGAGAGACAGAUGGACAGAGAGCCUGGCUGGAUUCUCCACAUGGUAUCUGCCUCAAUUUUCCUGAGCUCAAUGAAACCAACAUCUGAUGUGUAAACUACUCUUUUGUUCCAAAUCCCCUCUUAGAUCCUUUUGUUAUCUCUAGUUUGAUACUGUGGAGCUGGACCCAGGGCCCUCCCAGGCCAGGCUCUACGUUUUUGCUCCUCUGGGGUGGUCCGGUUUUGGAGUGGGAGGAAGUCAGGCACAUUGGAAUUGAAAAUCGCGGUUCCAGUUUGUUUCCAGAACCUACAUGUUUGCCAAGAAAUGUUUCCUGUUUGGAAAGUUUGCCCCAGCUCUCCCAGGCACAUUUCAUAUGAAGUGUCUGCCAGUCAUCCAGUCUGCCUGCCACACAUUGACCAAGCCAGACACAGUCCACCCAGCUCGAGGAUUCCAAGUGCAAGAGAGGCCACUUGAGGCCCUGGAAAGACCAAUUACUGAACUACUUUUUCCCUUAAGAGUCAGAGGCCACCUGUGAUUCCGCCUGCACCUUAUCGUUGAUGUGUAGUGAUUUCUGCAAAUCAAGAGAACCUCUGCAGGGCAAUCCCGUUUCCUAAGAACGAAAAAGUGCAAUAAAGCCCAUUCUUGACCUGCUUUCUGCAGCCCAGGAGAUGUAGCCCUGUUAGUGUCCCCCUCAGAGGCUUAAUGUCGCCUGUGGAACAGUGCCCAUCCCAGCCCAUCUCUGUCCGCCAGCUGUUCUCAGGAACCUCACCCACGCUCCAGAGUCCUCACCCCGCACAGGAUGUGCAAGGUAAACAGCGCAGGCACGUGUUUGGGCGUCCUCUCUCCCCUCCGAUGAGAUUCAUCUCGCGUUCACCACACGCCCUCCAGUCCUCAGUUCCCACUCCCUUAACGUCUGCCCAAGCAUGGGUACUGGGGUGUGGCAGUAAUUGUGGCCUUAUUAGCUGCUCGCUUCAUGCUUUUGCCCAAGUCACUGUUGCCCCACAUUUUAAAGAACUUGGCCCACCCAGUGGCAUUUAUUUUAGAAGCUGCUCUUCUGCCCAGUUGGAUUCUGAUCUCUUGGGUUUUUGACUGCUCCAUGGGUUUUUGGUUGGUGAAACACAGUGGCUUAUCUUCCCCAGGGGCCCAGAUGACCCCUGCUCUGCCACUCCAUAGGUGUAUGGUAGCCUUGGGGUCUCUCAGAGGCAGCAGGGUGGCUCAUUCUGCCCCUAGCAGCACGGGGUAUGGAGUAACUGAUAGGGGAGAGACCGUGCAGUGCCAGCCUGCUCCAUCUCUUUAUUCCUCCUUCCUCAGAGGGCUUCAAGCCAAACCAACAGCCUUUUCGUGUAAAAAAUCUUCAAAGUGGGAAAAGGGGCCACUUCUGGCUUUGCUAGCAAUAACUGACCUUCAGUUUGCCAUUCUGAAGGAGCAGGGACUCAGCACAGAAUUCACUUUAAAUGGGGCUGAAGGAGUAUCCCUCCUCUAUGUGAAAAGAAAAUUGUUUUAUUCUUCAUUCUGACUUUUUAACUGCUUGGCUCACUUCCAGUUAGUUUGAAUGAAAGUAAUAAUUUUCUACUUGGAGUCAAAGCAGGCAGGAACAUCAGCUCUCAUCUUGAUGAUGUGUGAUGUCUGCUCUCUGACUGGACGUUAUUGCCAUUAAGUUCCUUCUGGGCUUUAUGGAAAUGCUCUUUUGUUAGGUUCUAAUGGAAUCCUUCAGGAGGAAGGUGACCAUGCAGGCAGUCCAUUCAUAAAUAUGGCAACAACCAUUUUAGAAUUUAAGUUUUGUCCUUAAAGACAAUUUAAAUGGUUGAUCAUAAAAGUUGUAUUAUGUCAUCCGAAAUUAAAUUGGUAAAAAUAUAUAUAUGUUUCUACUAUUCAGAAGCUGUAAGCUAGGAAAAGGUUGGUAUGAAAAAGUCCUUUUCUCAAUGUACAUAGUUCAACUCUUUCUUUGUUACACUUAAACGAUACUCAUAGACAUCAGUCUGUUUUGGACUCCUCUGCUAGUGUUAAAGGUAGAAAUAAAACCAUUAAUUUGAACAAGGUA